AUGCCAAAGACCUGGAGCAGUUAAGCCGGAACAAGAUCACCCACAUCAUUUCGAUCCAUGAGUCUCCCCAGCCCCUGCUGCAGGACAUUACCUACCUCCGCAUCCCCCUGCCCGACACCCCCGAGGCCAACAUCAAGAGACACUUCAAGGAAUGCAUCAGUUUUAUCCACCAGUGUCGCCUGCAUGGAGGGAACUGCCUCCUGAUCCACCCAGGAUCCACCCUCGGCUGUGGCUUCCUCGCCGGCAUCUCCCGCAGCACCACCGUGGUCGUUGCUUACGUCAUGGCCGUCACGGAGCUGAGCAGCCAGGAGGUGCUGGAGGCCAUCCGAACCGUCCGGCCCGUCGCCAACCCCAACCCCGGCUUCAGACAGCAGCUGGCUGACUUCGGCAGCGGCGCAGCCCGCAAGGUCCGCAGGUCCCUGAAGCAGAGGUAUGGGACAUCCCCUUUCAACGACGAGGCAGAAAUAAAGGCUUUGCUGCCAGCGGGGAGAGGAGGACCGACCAGGACAGAGGGAGCUCUGCAAGGACUGGUCCCAAGAGCCAGAGACAUCAGAAGCACGACUCCCUUCCUGCUGCGGGUGAAGAGGACGUUCUCCUGCAUCCCAGCUUGUCUGAAGUGA